AUGCCUGAAGCACAGGACACCAGCAGGAGUGUGUACGCACCAGCGCUGAAAGCCAAGGAACAUAUAUCCUAUAGUAUUCCAAUUGAUGAGAAACUGUAUACUGUGCACCUUAAGCAAAGAUAUUUUUUGGCAGAUAAUUUUAUGGUUUAUUUGUAUAAUCAAAAAUCUGUGAGUACUCAUUCUACAGAUAUUAAGCCUCACUGUUACUAUCAAGGAUAUAUUGAAGGAUAUCCAAAUUCCAUUGUCACACUCAGCACGUGCUCUGGACUCAGAGGAGUACUGCAAUUUGAAAAUGUUUCUUAUGGAAUUGAGCCUCUGGAAUCUACAGUUCAAUUUCAGCAUCUUCUAUAUAAAUUAGGAAAUAGAAAUAAGGAAUUUUCAAGUUUCAACAAUGAUACUAAAAUCAUAGAAAAACACUCAAAGGACUACAUCAUUUAUAUAGGUGAAAAACCAAUACUGCCUGUUCCAGAUGUAUUUCCUCUUUAUCUAGAAAUGUACAUUGUGGUGGACAAAGCUUUGGAUGAAUACCUGGGCUCUGAUAGCACAACAGUAACAAAUAAAAUCAUUGAAGUUUUUGGCCUUGUAAAUUCAAUGUUUACCCAAUUUAAAGUCACUGUUGUGCUGUCAUCAUUAGAAUUGUGGUCAGAUGAAAAUAAAAUUUCUACCAUUGGUGAGGCAGAUGAAUUAUUGCACAUAUUUUUAAAGUGGAAACAUUUUUAUCUUACCUUAAGGCCUCAUGAUGUUGCAUCUCCAAGUCCCGCCCACUCCUUCAGGCUGGAGACGGCUGUGUGGAUCCAGGAUGACAAUCCAGAUGCAAAGGAGACAUCCACACGCGUGGAGUUGAUGGUGUCCACGGCAAGGCGCAGUUGCUUCAAGGUGUAG